AUGGAUACCCCAGAACCGCACAGCAAAGCGCUAGCCGUCGAUACGCUAAUCGAUGCUGCCGGCAACGGAGAGAACAUGAAUGUUCGGGAAGGCAAUCCGGACACGAACAAGAACCAACUCUUGUUAGAUAUGCUCGAGGAGAAAAGAAAGUCUGAGGCAAAGUUCAUAGAAGAAAAGUACAAAAUUCUCAUGCAGAUGAACCCCGCUGACGUAGCGGUAGCUGGGAUGUUUCGAGCCACAGAUUCACCUACAAGUACUCAAAUAGCGGCCCGGCAAGCUAUACCCAAGGACCUUCUAACAUUCAGCGGGGAUCCUGAGGACUGGCCGUUAUUUAUCAGCACAUUUGAACAUAGUACGACAGCAGCGGGAUAUACGAAUGUGGAAAACAUGCGACGUCUGCAAAAGUCGCUUAAAGGGAAAGCUCGUGACUUGGUUAGAGAUAAACUCCUACUUCCUAACCUAGUCCCAGAAGUCAUCAGUACUUUGAAGAUGUUCUUCGGCAGACCAGAGCACAUCCUAGAAAGAAUGGUGGAAAAGGUGCGAAGACUGGCACCACCCAAAGACAGAUUGGAGGCGUUAAUAGAGUACGCGCUGGCAGUGCGAAACGUCUGUGCCACUAUGGAGGCGUGCGAUUUGAAGGCGUAUCUCAACAAUCCAAUGCUGGUCAAGGAGCUGGUAGAUAAGCUUCCCAACCAACACAAGCUAAACUGGGCAAUGCAACCCCGCGACGAUAGAGUGGCCGCAGUCAAGGCAUUCAGUGAUUGGCUGUAUAAAAUCGCAGAGGCAGCGUCACUAGUAAUGGCGCCAUCGUUUUACAAAACGGGCGCAGUUAAUUCCCACAACAGUCGCCGCCCGGACAAGGGAGUGGCAGAUGAGCCUGGACCAGCACGAGGACAAGCACGAUCGAACGCGAUCCAUACGGAAGCAGCUCAGCAGCAAGUUCAACAGAGAUGCGUAGCUUGCGGCGACCCGAGUCACAACCCAGCACAAUGUCAGGUAUUCUCGAACCUUGACGCGGAGCACAGGUGGCAGGUAAUCAGAGAGGGUAAAGCCUGUUUCUGCUGCCUCAAGGUACACCGGAAUAGAUGCCGAACCGGGAACUGUGGAAUUAACGGCUGUACAAGGAGACACCAUGAGUUACUUCAUACAGAAUAUGUUCCAAACACAAUCGGCCAAGACAGACCACAGAGUCACGUGAGUACGCACAGAGACGACAACCACGGAAGUCAGUUCUUUCGCAUCAUUCCAGUCAAGCUGCAUUACGGCAGCAGGCAGACUGAGAUCUACGCCUUUCUAGAUGAAGGAUCAUCCGUGACCUUAGCAGAUGCAUCUGUAUUCCAAAGACUGGGAAUACAAGGCCAGGCAGCGCCAAUGUGUUUGCAGUGGACCGCAGAGACGACUCGACUCGAGAGUGGAUCCGUAAAGGCAUCCGUCCAAAUCUCGGAAAUGAACUGCGAUAAGGUUUACUGGUUGAACAACGUCCAGACCGUUCAGAACCUAGCACUACCGAGACAGACAGUCAACAUGAAGGAGCUAUGCGACAGAUUCCAGCAUUUGAAAGACUUGCCGCUACGGUCCUACUCUGCCCAGCCGACUUUGCUAAUCGGAACCAACAAUUGGAAGCUAGCAGUCCCUCGCAAGAUCCGCGAAGGAAAAUGGAACGAGCCGAUAGCAUCGAAGUGCAUGCUAGGACGGAGCAUCCAAGGAUCGGCGAACCCACAACGAUCCAUUUUCAUGCACCACUGCGACUGCGACUGGCAAGAACUCCAUGAUGACAUCAAGGAACAUUUCAACCUGGACGCACUCGUACCACGAAAGCUGCACUCAGCUGAAGAUGAGCUGGCAGUGAAGAUACUGGAAAGCACCUGCCAAAAUAAGUCCGGAAAAUAUGAAGUUGGACUUCCGUGGCGCGGUGGUAUCGACAAACUCCCUGAGAGCCGGAGUAACGCUCUGAAGCGGCUUACCUGCAUGAGGAAAAAGAUCUCUCAAGAACCAGAUCAGUACGAAAAAAUUGACGCCCAAAUCAGGAACCUUCUAGACAAAGGAUACGCGGUUAAGCUAUCCGAGGAAGAAACCAGCCGGGAGAACAGCCGUACAUGGUAUCUGCCAAUAUUCAUAGCGCUGAAUCCAAACAAGCCGAAAAAGAUAAGGCUCGUAUGGGAUGCAGCCGCAAAGGCACACGGAUACGCGCUAAAUGACUACUUACUCAGGGGACCAGAUUGCCUGAACCCACUCAUAGACGUCUUGCUAGCCUUUCGGGUCAAUAAAAUAGCGAUUUGCGGCGACAUUGCGGAAAUGUUUCACAGGAUCAACAUUCGCGAGGAGGAUAUGCAUGCACAGCGAUUUUUGUGGUAUGACAAAGGCAGCGACAAAGUUGAUACAUAUGUCAUGCGAGCUAUGACUUUUGGGAUUAGCUGCGCGCCGUUUAUAGCGCACUUCGUUCGAGACAAGAACGCGGAAACCCACCAAGAAGAGUUCCCAUUGGCCUUAAACGCAAUCCAAAGGGCGCACUACGUUGACGACUUCAUCGAUAGCAUGAGGAACGAACAGGAGGCCAUCCAGAUCACCAGAGAAGUUAUAGAAGUACAUCGCAGAGGCGGAUUCGAGAUCCGUAACUGGUCGUCGAAUUCGGAAGAAGUGCUCGAAAGCUUGCAGGAUAAUGGCAACGUUGGAACCCAAAAGCCCGUGGAUUUUUGUGCAACAGAAAAGAUACUUAGCAUGUUCUGGGACCCACAUAAUGAUAUGUUCAAAUUUAUCUGCAAAUUUGCAAGGCUGAAGCGUGAUGUGCUGGCGGAAAACGUAGUCCCUACCAAGCGGGAAGUAUUACAAGUUUUGAUGUCGAUCUUCGAUCCAUUGGGAUUUUUAUCAUGCCAAACGAUCGGACUAAAGAUACUCCUCCAGUGUAUAUGGCGGCAAAAAAUUGAAUGGGAUCAAGAGCUACCUGAGAAGAUUCUAGAAGAAUGGCACCAAUGGAAAACCAUUUUGCAAGACAUAAGGACUUUCGAGGUCCCUAGAUGCUUUUCCCCACCCACAUCGGAGCCAUGUCAAAUUGGACUCCAUACAUUCGUCGACGCCAGCGAGCAAGCAUAUUCUGCAGUCUGCUACUUACGCGUGGCAACGGAUGACAGAGUUGGCGUAUCCUUGGUAAUGGCGAAAUCUAAGGUGGCACCUUUAAAACCACUUUCGAUUCCGUAUAUGGAGCUGCAGGCAGCAGUUAUGGGAGCACGCUUAGCCCAAAAUGUGAUGAGCACACGCAACCAACGAAUUGACAACGCCACAUACUGGUCGGACUCCAAGACAGUGUUGCAGUGGCUAACUAUGGACCCCCGCAACUUUCAUCAGUUCGUGAUGCACAGAGUCGCCGAAAUUCUGGAAACAACACUGGUCGAGCAAUGGCGGUGGAUUCCUUUAAAGCUGAACGUAGCAGAUGGAGCUACCAAGGUCACCGGGCAAACCCAAAAAGAGACGUGGAUAACGGGCCCGGAGUUUCUGAAGACCGAUGCGAGCCACUGGCCAAUAUCCAAGAAGCAGGAGAGCAUCAACGAUACCUCGGAGAUCCGGAAGCAUGUGAUGACGACGCAUUCGAAAUCAGUGAUUAUGUUCAACGCACACGAUUUCUCAAAUUGGCGGCGGUUAUACAGAGCAGGGGCGCUAGUACUCCUGUUCAUUGAUCGGCUGCGAGCGAAAUGUGCCGGACGAGACAUGCCAGCAACCACGACAAUGGCUCAUGUGGGCAAGGCAAAGAUGCUGCUAUACAAGCAAUCUCAAUCCAUCGCCUUCGCAGCAGAACUAAAAAUGUUAUCCGCGGGAACGGCGCUCCUCAAGGGAAGCAGAUUGGCCGGAUUGAACGCGUACCUGGACAACGAUGGAGUACUACGAACAAGAGGCAGAUUGAACGCAGUUGACAUAGCUGAGGACGCCAUUAUACUAGCUCAUGGAUGCCGGAUAACCAAUCUCAUAGUUAGGAGCUUCCACGAAAAGUAUCACCAUCUCGCUCACGAAACUGUAAUAAAUGACAUCAAAAAUUCGUUUUAUAUCAGCCGGCUACGAGUACUGCACAAAUCUGUGCGAAACACAUGCCAACAAUGCAAGAUCGACAGAGCAGUUCCCAGACCACCCCAGAUGGCACCGAUCCCGAGGGCAAGAGUUGGAAGCUUCGAGAGGCCGUUCACCUAUACAGGCGUUGACUAUUUUGGCCCGUUAUUGGUGAACGUCGGCCGGCGCAAAGAGAAGAGAUGGGUAGCUCUGUUCACCUGUCUUACGUUGCGCGCGGUGCAUUUUGAGAUCGCCUACAGUCUAGAUACUAGUUCAUGUAUCAUGUGCCUAGCCAAUUUUAUGGACCUUCGAGGGACACCGAGGGAAAUAUUCUCAGACAACGGUACGAAUUUCAGAGCCACGGAAAAAGCCGUGCGCGAGGAGCUGAAAAAGAUCGAGCACGAUAAGAUCACUAUUAAAUUCGACGGCAUAAAGUGGCGAUUCAACCCACCAGGAGCACCGCACAUGGGUGGAGCAUGGGAGAGACUCGUCAGGACAACGAAACGAAUCUUGAAGAACAUUUGCCCAAGUUACUCUUUCAACGACGAGGGGUUGAGAAACGCACUGAUGGAGGCGCAAUUUAUCAUCAACUCGCGACCUCUCACGUUCGUAAGUUUGGAUUCCGAGGAUGACGCUGCCCUGACUCCAAACCACCUGCUGCUAGGAUCAGCAAACGGAUACAAGCCGCUGCCAAAAGAGGGAAUCUGA